AUGUACUCGCAUUUGCAGCUUCCAUCAAAUUUCAGAGAAACAGAUUCAUUGUUCGUGGAAGCAGCAGAUAAUGGUCAGCCAAUGGUUGAGCGCAUUCUCUGCCAUGGUUAUCCCAUUGAGCCUGGUAGUCGCGAGGCGGAAGCGGCCCUGUAUUCUGCACUAAGUUGCGCUGACUCUGCGCUUACAAUUUUAUUCUUUGAAGAGGGUCUGAUAUGCAGCAUAUCCAAAUGCCCAAAUGAUUCUCUGUUAGGGAUGCUUGACGUGCUCCUUGCCAUGGAUAGCAAAACAUUUCAUUUUCAAAUACUCUUGGACGGAGGUGCAGAUCCGUUGAUGUGUUACCACGAUCCAGGCGCAGACCCGACUGACGGUGCUGGAUCAAGUUCACUUGGACAUGAAGCAGGAAAAGGACGCAGAAAGGUGGUGCAGAUGAUGCUCAAAUCUAUAGACUCUCGAGAAAUCCCACUCGAAAAGCUAUGGGAAAAACUUGCAUGGGCAGAAGAGCGCGCUCUUGAGAAGGGCCAUUCGGAGAUUGUACCCCUUUUGCAGCGUGCCUACAGGAGAGAAAAUACCGGUAUAUUUGAUUCUGUAAUAAUUUUGACAUAUCAAAAGCCAUCAAUCUUGAUUAAGAGAAUUGAUGUUACUUCCAACAUGGGGUUUACAUGA